UUCGUUUCGUGAUCAACAAAGAGAAAAUUGAGAUAUUUUUCAAUGCUGCAGUAGAAAAGAACACGGCCGGUUUUUAAAACGUUUUCAAAAAAAAAGUUUCCCUUUGGAGUGGCAGUCAUAUACAAGCAAGAUGAGAAAAGGACAGACCGAGUUUCAAGAAGACUUCUUUAUUCCCAUUCCUUUAGAUACCAACAACAUCACGGCUUUAAGCCCUUUCCUGGUCCCUCAGGACCACCUGGGACACCAUGGUGUAUUUAUGACCAUGGCUGCCUUUACAUUCUUCCUUUUUAUUGGAGGGACAGCAAUCAACCUGCUUACCAUUUUGUGCACAGUUCAGUUCAAGAAACUUAGAUCUCACCUGAACUAUAUUCUUGUGAACCUUGCCAUUGCCAAUCUGUUGGUAUCGUUUUUUGGCUCUUCAUUAGCAUGCUACUCCUUCUUUAACAAGUACUUCAUCUUUGGGUCGACAGGAUGUAAAAUCGAAGGCUUUGCUUCAACACUUGGAGGAAUGGUGGGUUUGUGGUCUCUGUCUGUGGUGGCGUUUGAAAGGUGGCUGGUUAUUUGCAAACCCCUUGGGAACUUUACCUUCAAGACCCAGCAUGCCAUUGUUGGCUGUAUCAUUCCUUGGCUUUUCGGAAACAUGGCUGCUCUCCCUCCACUAUUCGGCUGGAGCCGAUACAUACCUGAAGGCUUCCAAUGCUCUUGUGGUCCUGAUUGGUACACGACAGACAACAAAUACAACAAUGAAUCCUACGUCGCAUUUUUGUUCUGCUUUUGCUUUGCUGUUCCUUUUGGCACCAUUGUGUUCUGUUAUGGUCAGCUACUCAUCACACUCAAAUCAGCGGCCAAAGCUCAAGCAGAUUCAGCUUCAACCCAGAAGGCUGAGCGGGAGGUGACAAAGAUGGUGGUGGUGAUGGUGUUUGGCUUCUUGGUAUGCUGGGGACCAUAUGCAAGCUUUGCUGUGUGGGUAGUUUAUAACCGUGGUGCACCUUUUGACCUGAGACUGGCGACCAUUCCGUCCUGCCUUUCUAAAGCCUCUACGGUGUACAAUCCUGUCAUCUAUGUCUUGAUGAAUAAACAGUUCCGUGCAUGUAUGAUGAAGAUGGUCUUUGGCAAGAAUAUUGAUGAAGAUGAAGCUUCAUCUCAAGUCACCCAGGUCUCAUCUGUUGGACCAGAGAAAUAAACCCAUUCUCAAUGUAACCUCAUCCUGCAGACAUAAAUAUUUUUGCAAUGAUUGUAAAUAAUAAACAAAGCUUAUAGGAAUUUUUGCUUUUAAUGUCAAUUUUUUAAUCAGCCUUGCUUUACAUGUAGAAUGAGUAGAUAUUUAUUGUUAUCUUAAC